UAGUCUAAUCUUUCUCAACACUUGAUCUUACUUCUUGGCUGUCAGACUUUCAAUUAAGUCAUUGUAUAUCGCAUCUGUUAUGCAGGCAGCCUGAGACCCACCCGAGAUUUUCAACCUUCAACUUGGGCAUACUCACCAAUACCAUCAUCGGUAUAUUUACCUUUUUUCAUACAUUAACCGCCACACCAUCUAUAUCUCAUUUGCAUUUCAGCUCAACUUAAUGCCAUACACUAUCCAUAAUCGAUAGACAGACUUUAUCUUUCGUCCCCUGCAGCUCACCUCUCGCAAUCCGACAUAUCUCACAAAUGCCUUUUGACGACGACGACGACCCAAGCCUGCUGGCCAAACCCACGACGGGAAAUGGGGAUAGCGAAGCCAAUAACGCUGCUGAGGAUGCACUGGAAGACGAAGUCCCCGACUACAAGCUCUUCCUGUCCAUGUUUGAGAAGCGCAACGUGUCCAGCAAAACCAUCCGCAAGGGUGAAAAGGAUUUUGAGUCACACGGAACACAAGCACAAGACAACACACUGGAAUCCAGCCGGCGAGCAUUAGAAGAGGUUCUAUCCUAUACCAGAGUCCACCGUGACCAGUCAUGGGUCCGUGGGUGGUAUUUCCCUGACUUCUGGGCAAAUGUACCGCCUGAUCAGCGGCCGGCUGACCAGGACGGCCUGUUCUUGGAGCAGCGAGUUGUUGUGGUCGAACACGAACGCGGAAGCUGGAUGAAAGACUUGGGACGAGCUGUACCGGGAAGCAAAACCGUACCCGGUGCGGGAAGACUUUGGCUGCUCCCAGAAGAGGCGCUGCACCUUGUCGAGAGAGGAACCAUGGACUUGUGGUGGCCAUCAAGAUCGUUAGAGGAACUCUUACCUCAGACUGGAGAGCCCUCUAUUGAAGACAUGGGCCCAGACAACUACGACAUUGGCGUCCCUCUAACCCUGGAAGCCGCAUACUCGCUGCUCAUUGGCGAGGAUAACGAGCCAGGCAAAACUACCUUGCCCAAGUAUCAAGUCUUCACAAAUCUCAAACGCGCAGGCUUUCACAUUUUACGUAACACUGAGAAUUUGCCGAUAUCUGGCGAGGUGGAAGGCCCCAAGACAACCCUCUGGCAGUGGUUGUUUUCCUUCUUUUCGAUAGACGCGGCGGCCCAGCAAACACCAAAGCCCUAUGGUCCUCUGAUCGCCCCGGGCUUGUACCGGGCAUAUCGCCCAGUCUAUAAGCAACUCGCCAUCUUACCAAGACACAAGCCUACGCUGACGCCAUCUGUCAAUCAUGACGCUGAAGAUCCUUUCAAGGUCCACUACCUUCUUUGGAAGUCUGGCGGUGAGCCAUUCUCGAAGCGAAGUCCGCGCGAGCCAGAUUUCCGAAUUGCCGUGACCGAUACAACCGACACUGGCCUUCCUACUCUGGAAGAGGUCGAAGGCCUGUUGCAAUCAACUCCCUACUGCCCCCCUCCAGAUGCAAUGCGUGGCAACCCAGGACGCAUGUACCAGCGUCUCAAGCAUGGGCACCGCAAUGUGCUGGUAGCAAUUGUGGACCGUGGCCUCGUCAACUAUAUGCGAUUUGCCGAGGGAGCUUUUGGCGAGGAACUUGUGUUUGAACGGUACGACGCCAAGCGGGGGGGCCGAGGUGGCGGGAAGCGGAGCGGAGGACGUGGCCGUGGUGGGCGAGGCAGAGGACGCGGCGGUAGGCGUUGACCCUGGGCUUGACAAGUCCCCCUUUGUUACGUAUAUUAUUACCCCAAUUGGAACCUCAUGUCUUCUUCCCCUUUGCUCUUUCCACACGCCGCGCGCUCAUAUAACGAUAGACAUUGGGGGGUGCGAUGAGAGCACUCAUUGGCUUGCUGGUUACCACCUAAUUUCUGCAUUUAGUAAGCAUCUGCCAUAAAAUAAUAAUAUGCUCUUCCGCAUCCCAUGCUUUUAUGGCCUCUCAGGUUCGCAGCACGUAUGUAUUCAGUGACA